UCCCCCCUCCUUUCCUCCUCCUCCUCCUGCUCUCACUGCUAGGCAGUUUCUAUAGCGAUUGCUGCUCGCACACAAAGACAUCAGCACAGGCAGAAGCAAGACACAAAGCUGAGUUUCCAGCACAGGAAUCAACGAGAGCCAAGCAGCCAGUACGGUAUCCUGAGAUUGAGGACUUGAGCAAACCGGGACAAGAAUCAGAAGACAUGGCCCAAUGGAGAGCUGCUGUCUUCAUCCUAGUGUCUGUGAUCGCCAUGGCGGCCGCUUUCACCCCCGGCUGCAAGAUCCGAAUCACCGCCAAGGGCCUUGAGCUGCUGAAGCAGGAGAGUUUGAAGUUUGUAGAGGAGGAGCUGGAGAACAUCACCAUUCCAGACCUGUCUGGGAAGGAGGGCCGCUUCCAAUACACCAUCAACAAUGUGAGGAUCACUGAGCUGAACCUGACCUCCUCAGACCUGCGCUUCCAGCCUGAUUUUGGUCUGGUCUUCGAAGUGCACAACUCCUCCAUCAGCCUCAACUUCAUGCGCCGCAUCUUCUACUGGUUUUUUACUGAUGCGGGUUCGAUCAACGCCUCAGCGGAGGGAGUCAACAUCCACACGGCUGUCAGGCUGUCCAAGGAUUCCCUGGGGCGCCUCAAAAUAUCCAACAUCUCCUGCGACGCAGCCAUCGGCAGAAUGCGUGCUGAGUUCAGCGGCACUCUGGGGAAGGUGUAUGGCCUGCUGGCCUCCUUCAUCACCACAGGGAUGCGCUUCCUCCUCAACCAGCAGAUCUGCCCCAUCCUAAACAAUGCUGGUUUGGUGCUGUUGAAUUCAUUGUUGGACACAGUGCCUGUUCGGACGAAGGUGGAUAAAUACGUGGGGAUUGAUUACUCCCUCCUCAAUGACCCCGUGGUGACCUCUGAGAACCUCGACAUGAACUUCAGGGGCAUGUUCUAUGAGCUCCAGAACGAGAAUGACACGCAGGUGAACUACGCCGUGGAGCCGAUGAUCCGGGAGUACGACCGCAUGGUGUACCUGUCCCUCUCAGAGUACUUCUUCGACAGUGGCAUGCUCUCCUACUUCAAGGCAGGGGUCCUGAACAUCCGCAUCUCACACGACAAGAUGCCCAAAGACUUGGAGAUGCUGCUGAGGACCUCCUACUUUGGAACAAUCAUGUUGCUGAACCCCUCCAUUGCCGAGGCCCCCAUGUCUCUCGAGCUGCAGGUCUCCACGGCGCCCCGAUGCGUCAUCAAGCCCUCGGGGACGAGUGUGUCGGUCACUGCCGUGGUCAGCAUCCUGCUGCUCCCGCCGGGCCAGGAGCCUGUCCAGCUCUCCAGCAUGACCAUGGAGUGCAAGAUGAGCGCCAAAGUGUCCAUGAAGGGCAAGAAGCUGGCGCUCCACAUGGACCUGCGCAGAUUUAAGAUCUACUCCAAUCAGUCUGCCCUGGAAUCGCUGGCGUUGAUCCCUCUGCAGACCCCACUAAAGACUUUGUUACAGCUGGCUGUCAUGCCUAUUAUUAACGAUCGGACAAAGAAAGGGGUACAGAUCCCCCUGCCAGAGGGAAUGGACUUUACUGAAGAAGUGGUGGAAAACCACACUGGUUUCAUAACGAUCGGCGCUAACCUGCACUUCAGCAAAGGUCUGCGGGAGGUGAUUGAGAGGAACCGGGCCGAGCCCAAAAGCCUGACGAACUGAGCGGGCCGCCGGUGCUCCGCUCCACUUCCUAAAACAACAGGAGAUUUUUUUUUGGUUUCUGUCUACAGAACACUAUUCACUUCAUGCUUAGAAAACAUAAAACAAAAAAAAACAAAACAUGGUACUUUAACAACGAACGUCCGCUGAUUAGCAGAAAUUCUUUGUGAAACUUUUUCCAAAAUGUUCGCUGUUUCAUGUUUGAUUAAGCAGAUAGUUCUAUCUAUCUGGCUGGGUUGGGAUCCCUUAUGCAUUGAGAAUGAAACGUAGAAGUCUUAACAGCAAAGACCCCCGAGCCAGGGUGCAAAGACUACUUGGCAGCAGAGUCUGCAGGGUACCCCUGAACUUUCUCUCCUGUGACCCUGCAUCUAUCCCUUCCCUGUCUCCUGCACUAGCUGUGCUGUAUUCAGAGGUACCCCUGAACUUUCUCUCCUGUGACCCUGCAUCUAUCCCUUCCCUGUCUCCUGCACUAGCUGUGCUGUAUUCAGAGGUACCCCUGAACUUUCUCUCCUGUGACCCUGCAUCUGUCCCUUCCCUGUCUCCUGCACUAGCUGUGCUGUAUUCAGAGGUACCCCUGAACUUUCUCUCCUGUGACCCUGCAUCUGUCCCUUCCCUGUCUCCUGCACUAGCUGUGCUGUAUUCAGAGGUACCCCUGAACUUUCUCUCCUGUGACCCUGCAUCUGUCCCUUCCCUGUCUCCUGCACUAGCUGUGCUGUAUUCAGAGGUACCCCUGAACUUUCUCUCCUGUGACCCUGCAUCUGUCCCUUCCCUGUCUCCUGCACUAGCUGUGCUGUAUUCAGAGGUACCCCUGAACUUUCUCUCCUGUGACCCUGCAUCUGUCCCUUCCCUGUCUCCUGCACUAGCUGUGCUGUAUUCAGAGGUACCCCUGAACUUUCUCUCCUGUGACCCUGCAUCUGUCCCUUCCCUGUCUCCUGCACUAGCUGUGCUGUAUUCAGAGGUACCCCUGAACUUUCUCUCCUGUGACCCUGCAUCUGUCCCUUCCCUGUCUCCUGCACUAGCUGUGGUGUAUUCAGAGGUACCCCUGAACUUUCUCUCCUGUGACCCUGCAUCUAUCCCUUCCCUGUCUCCUGCACUAGCUGUGCUGUAUUCAGAGGUACCCCUGAACUUUCUCUCCUGUGACCCUGCAUCUGUCCCUUCCCUGUCUCCUGCACUAGCUGUGGUGUAUUCAGAGGUACCCCUGAACUUUCUCUCCUGUGACCCUGCAUCUAUCCCUUCCCUGUCUCCUGCACUAGCUGUGCUGUAUUCAGAGGUACCCCUGAACUUUCUCUCCUGUGACCCUGCAUCUGUCCCUUCCCUGUCUCCUGCACUAGCUGUGCUGUAUUCAGAGGUACCCCUGAACUUUCUCUCCUGUGACCCUGCAUCUGUCCCUUCCCUGUCUCCUGCACUAGCUGUGGUGUAUUCAGAGGUACCCCUGAACUUUCUCUCCUGUGACCCUGCAUCUAUCCCUUCCCUGUCUCCCGCACUAGCUGUGCUGUAUUCAGAGCUCUCCCUGACAUGCACAGAUACUGUUGUUUUUAUAUCCCUGCAAUCAGCCUUGUUAAUGAUUUUAGCUGAUGAUGUCAUGCGCUAAUUCAUAUAUCUGUGUGUUUUAAAAUGUUUUCAAAAAAGUUUUUUCUUUAUUAACUGCUGCUGCUGCUCAGCCCAUCAGAGUAACCCAGGAAGAGAGUGUGUGAAAGAGGUUCAACUGUCAUUCCAUCAUUUUCUCUUUACUAAAACCAAGUUGAAAACAAAAUGUCAAAUAAAAUGUAUUCAAGUUUA